AUAUCUCGGUGAGCCUGCUGACCCUUGUGGUCACUGCCUGUGGUCUCGCUCUCUUUGGCGUGUCUCUCUUCGUGUCUUGGAAACUCUGCUGGGUUCCAUGGCGAGAACGAGGCCUGCCCUCUGGUAGCAAAGACAACAACCAGGAGCCUCUUAACUACAUGGACACAGAGACCAAUGAGCAGGAGAACAGUGAGGACUUCCUAGACCCUCCCACCCCCUGCCCUGACUCCUCCAUGAAGAUCAGCCACACCUCCCCUGAUAUUCCCCUCUCGACCCAGCCGGGGGUCCAGGAGAACUGUGCUCAUGGAGGCCGCAUGCAGCGCCAAGUCACAGAGCCAGCCUCAUCGGCUCGGCAUAAUUCAAUCCGAAGACAACUCAACCUGUCAAACCCGGACUUCAAUAUCCAGCAGCUUCAAAAACAGGAACAGUUGACUGGAAUUGGUAGAAUUAAACCGGAGUUAUAUAAGCAGAGAUCAUUGGAUAAUGAUGAUGGGAGAAGGAAUAACAGCAAAGCUUGUGGGAAACUGAACUUCAUUUUAAAAUAUGACUGUGACUUAGAGCAGCUCAUGGUGAAGAUUCACAAAGCUGUCAAUUUGCCCGCCAAGGACUUUUCUGGGACUUCAGAUCCUUAUGUCAAGAUCUAUUUGCUUCCAGAUCGGAAAACAAAACAUCAGACUAAAGUUCACAGAAAAACCCUGAACCCUGUGUUUGAUGAAGUAUUUUUAUUUCCAGUUCCCUACAAUGACCUUGAAGCACGAAAGCUUCACUUCUCUGUGUACGACUUUGACAGGUUCUCUCGUCAUGACUUAAUCGGCCAAGUGGUGGUGGAUCACUUCCUAGACUUGGCUGAUUUCCCCAGGGAGUGCAUCCUUUGGAAGGAUAUCGAAUAUGUCACCAAUGACAAUGUGGACCUGGGAGAGCUGAUGUUUUCCCUGUGCUAUCUCCCAACGGCUGGCAGGCUGACUAUUACCAUUAUAAAAGCAAGGAAUCUAAAGGCAAUGGACAUAACAGGAGCAUCAGAUCCCUAUGUAAAAGUCUCGCUGAUGUGUGAUGGCAGACGCUUGAAGAAGAGGAAAACAUCCACCAAGAGGAACACGCUGAAUCCUGUUUACAACGAAGCCAUAGUCUUUGACGUCCCUCCUGAGAACAUUGACCAAAUCCACUUGUCCAUAGCGGUCAUGGACUACGACCGUGUAGGUCACAAUGAGAUCAUCGGCGUGUGUCAAGUAGGCAACGAGGCUGAGAGGCUGGGCAGAGACCACUGGAGUGAAAUGUUGUCGUAUCCUCGGAAGCCCAUUGCACACUGGCAUUCCCUGGUGGAGAAACGAUGACCCUGGACAAGAGGGCUGCUUGUGUCAAGGACACAGUAGGACAACCAUCUCACAAAGAUCUUAAGUAACUUUUCCCAUCCAGCAACACCCAGACGACUCGUGACCAAAAGCUCGGCUGUAACCACAGCAAUAACUGGCUCUCUUUCCAGACGGGGUUUGGUGAACCUGAAUGGUCCAGCCAUCUUCUUCAGGUGGCCCAAGGUGAUGUGCUGCAGGGAAGCACAUCUCUCAUGACCAACAGCCAAGCUUGGACUAUGAAAGAAACCAAGGGAUAAAUAGAGUGAGAGUACCAAGAGUACCAGGACUCUUCAUGAUUAAUAUAAGACCCUUGGUGAUGGGAACAUGGCACUUGCCCUGGCAGUAGUCACUCUGACAUGGUGUUAUUUGCUAGAAUGCCCUGGAAGGACAGAAUAGUUAAAAAAAAAUACAUCCAGGUGCUAAACAGGCAGCAGAUCUCAAUUCACACUCGACUACCUUCGAACUAACGACUGUCUUCAGAAAAUAAUUUUACCCCAAGAAGUGCUCCAGAUUUGCAAGAAAUAGCUCCAGGAGAAUAAUAGGAUAAGCAGGCUGUUCCCCUGGAAAAAAAUAUAUUGUGAGGGGUAGCUCACAGCAAAUUCACUGCCCCCUCCCAUGAGAGUACCAAUUGAUCAUGGCCCUCCUUUCUGCUAAAACCAUAUUUUGAGGAGUCAGAAACCCCAACACUAUUUUCUAGGUAGCCAGCAGCCACAUCCUUUUAACUGGUGGUAUUAUUAGACUGAAAAGUAAUUGUUACUCCUGUUAGGGAGGCAUACAUCUUAGUGGCAUGAGCACUCUAUAAUAUACUUUCCCAGGCGCAUUUGUCCACUGAGAAAACAACCUCAAAAACAGGUGAUAUUAUGAGAUCAUGGAGCGAGAACAUAGCCAUUCCCUAGAGGAAGGCAUGGCUUUGGGGCCUUCUAGGCCUGAGUGCCUUCCAGGGUUUUCCAUAUGCAAUAGCCCAGGGUCAUAGCUCUGGGCAGCCACAGACAAAGGUUUUCUUCUUGCUUCAGACACAUAUAACACUUUCACAGCACUUGGGGAUGGAAAUGCCUAUAAGAAUGAAGGUCAAGGGCUUUCCCCAGGAAUCUCACUCAUUACUCAGUUUCCUUCCUGACUACAUCUGCCAACCCACUGCCAGCUUUGUACAUCAUUCUCAUUGCUUUUGUCACCACAUAAAUGAAACCAAAGCUUCAUAUAUCCUGAAGGGGCUGUUACCUAAUGGUCCUCUCUCUCCCACUAUAGGUUCAAGGCAUCCCAUUCAUACAUUUGUACCACCACUUUAAGAUAACAUUUCCCUUUUCAUGCCAUCUCUUUGCAGCAGAUUCCAGAGUUGGGUUGUAGUUUACCUUCCUAGAAAGCUCAUUGUCUUUAUUUAAAUUAACAUUUCAAUUAGUAACUAUGGGAUGGAAGCAGGAUCAUUGCAUGUCUUCAGAAUGUUCUUGUUAUCACAGCUGCCUAGAACCAUACAAGAAGCUCUACCCUGAUGUCAGGUCUAAGAAUGGUGGAAGUUUUUGGUUGAGUGAGGCAAUGUUAUUACACUCAAGCUUCACUUAUCUGAUGACUUUCAACUACUGGGAUUGAAAGGGAAUCCAAGGUUCUGCCAAUGUCUAAUGACAUGAGAAAAUUCACUUCCUUUGCUUAAGCUUCCCCUCUGCUCAUACCUCCCCAUUUAGACAUCCCCCACCAUACCAAUGUUCGGAACCAAAGCAUGAAGGGCUAGUGCCAGCAAGAUAGGUAGCAGAAAUACUGUCUCUAGAGUCCGGCAGAUGAGCCCAGAGGAAUGAUCCCAGAGAAAUCAGACUAGCUCCAGUAGAUAUCAAGCAGUCAUCCCAGUAAAAAUUGACAUGUCCUUGGCAAUGGGAUCCUGGGUUGAAGGUCCUGAGGCAGCUGUGCCUAUUGUUCCCCACCUCUGGAUCUUCCUGCCCAGAGAACUAGCAGUCUCGGGGUACUAAUGAGUAUGCUACUGCCUUUUUGGUACAAAACAGAAGGUGGCUUUGUAGGGGCAAGCAGGCAAAGAGCACUGUCCACAUGGCAGGCAGAUGGCUUUGUGUCUAGAAAGCUUUGCCUAGCCAGUACAGCUGUGGCCAGAGGCCAGCUAUAAAUUCGAACUCCUUCAGCCCAUUUGCAACUCUGCCUCUGUUCUCUUGCAUUCUGUUCAGUUUCCCUUUAGUUUCCUAGUAAAUGUUCCUUUUCAAAGAUUC